GUUCAUGUUACUAUGGCAAUGACUGCAGGGACUCAAGCAUCCUUCCCCAUGAGCAACCACACCCGGGAAAGGGUGACGGUAGCUAAGCUCACGCUGGAGAAUUUUUAUAGUAACCUAAUUCUACAACACGAGGAGAGAGAAACCAGGCAAAAGAAACUGGAAGUAGCUAUGGAGGAAGAAGGCUUGGCCGAUGAAGAGAAAAAGCUGCGGCGGUCUCAGCAUGCCCGAAAAGAAACUGAAUUCCUGCGGCUGAAAAGGACUAGGCUAGGCCUGGAUGACUUUGAAUCUCUGAAAGUUAUUGGAAGAGGUGCAUUUGGAGAGGUGCGUCUCGUUCAGAAGAAAGAUACGGGUCAUAUUUAUGCAAUGAAGAUACUAAGAAAAGCUGAUAUGCUGGAGAAAGAGCAAGUGGCUCAUAUACGAGCGGAAAGAGAUAUCCUAGUUGAAGCAGAUGGUGCCUGGGUGGUGAAGAUGUUUUAUAGUUUUCAGGACAAGCGUAAUCUUUACCUGAUAAUGGAAUUUCUGCCUGGAGGGGAUAUGAUGACUUUGCUUAUGAAAAAGGAUACCUUAUCAGAGGAGGAAACGCAGUUUUACAUCUCUGAAACUGUGCUGACCAUUGAUGCCAUUCAUCAGCUGGGCUUCAUUCACAGAGACAUUAAGCCAGAUAACCUACUGUUGGAUGCAAAGGGUCAUGUAAAACUGUCUGAUUUUGGACUAUGCACAGGUCUAAAGAAAGCUCACAGAACUGAAUUCUACAGAAACCUUACCCAUAAUCCGCCCAGUGAUUUCUCAUUUCAGAACAUGAACUCUAAGAGAAAAGCAGAAACAUGGAAAAAGAAUAGGAGACAGCUGGCAUAUUCUACCGUUGGGACCCCAGAUUACAUUGCUCCAGAAGUUUUCAUGCAGACAGGAUACAACAAGUUAUGUGACUGGUGGUCUUUGGGAGUAAUUAUGUAUGAAAUGCUAAUAGGGUAUCCCCCAUUCUGCUCUGAAACGCCACAAGAAACUUAUAGGAAAGUUAUGAAUUGGAAAGAGACUCUAAUAUUUCCACCUGAGGUGCCCAUUUCAGAAAAAGCCAAGGACUUAAUUCUAAAAUACUGUAAUGAUGCAGAAAACAGGAUUGGUAGUAAUGGAGUGGAGGAAAUUAAGACACAUCCAUUUUUUGAAGGCGUUGACUGGGGACAUAUCAGAGAGAGGCCAGCUGCGAUCCCUAUAGAAAUUAAAAGCAUUGAUGACACUUCAAAUUUCGAUGAAUUCCCAGAAUCUGAUAUUUUACAGCCAGUGCCAAACACCACAGAACCUGACUACAAGUCCAAAGACUGGGUUUUUCUCAAUUAUACCUACAAGAGAUUUGAAGGGCUCACUCAACGCGGCUCCAUCCCUUCCUACAUGAAAGCAGGGAAGUUGUGAACCGUAGCAGGGGGGAGGAUAACACCCCCUCACGAAUAAGAACUCAGGUAGCUGCUGCAUUCCCAAGAUCUGCUUGGCCUAGAUCGAUACACUGAAAUGUCCACACAGACUGUCUGAUGCACAUAGACUUUGCGGAGACAUUAGGAAAUCCUACCGGAUUAGGAUUUCUAAGACUACGACGAGAAUUAGUUGGCAGUGCCAGCAGGCUUCUUCUCCCCCACGUCCCCCUUUUUUUAAUAGUAAAUAUUUUUGUUAACUUUAUUAUAACAAAGGUACUGGAAUAAAAGGAAUGGAAUUCUCUUUG